UGAGAAAUGUACGCUGAAGUUGGUGUACGUCAGUUUACUGCUCCUGAUUUAGUCUUUUAAGUUACGUUUAGAGGGUGACUGUUAGUUGUUUGGGUGCGUGUUCAUAUUCUUAUGGGAAAGAAGAAUCGUGCUAUUCCGGGCCGUCGGCCCAUUUUGCGUUUGUCACCGCCUGGCAAGAAGAAGGGUGCAACUGCAUGGGAGGAAGUCGAUGCUGGCUCUGGCACUGGUUCAGAAGAGGAACAAGAGUUAGAAGCUGCUGCUGCUGCAGAUGCACCAAAAUCCAGUGAAGUGACACCAAAUGUGAGGAAACCUGAGAAUGCAUUGGUGAAAGUUCAAGCAGCUCCAGUGAAAUCCACAGGUGGUUUGUGCCUAUUAGGGGCAUAUGCAGACAGUGAUGAGGAGGAGGAGGAGGAGGAAGAGGAGAGUAAUAAAGAAAAUAGUGCUGCUGCUGUUGAUGGUGAAAAAGCCGAAGAAAAUGUUAAAGAGCAGGAUGUCCAAGCAGCAGAAGAAACUCCAGUGGAGGACGUGGCACCAGUACAGUCUAACCACAACAGUUCUGCAGAUAUUGCUGAUACACUGGCAGACUUCAUGGCGCACUGCAGUACUUGCUGAUGGAGCAUACGUGGCUCAGUCGGCUUUGGUAUCUCAGGAAGUAAACGCAGCACCUGUUGCCAAAAGUGGUACGGCAGUCCAAAGUAUGGAGACCAAGCAAAAGGUAAAUGAAAGUGUUCUGUCUUUGUCUCGUGAAGAUGGUGACCAAAAAGGUGUUGCUGCCUCCUUGCUUGCUCCUUUGUUACCAGACGAUGUGAAGAAGUCUGAAGAAAAAUGGAGGAAGAAAGUGAUAUGUAAAGAGGAUGCAGUGGAACCUGAAGGGGAGAGUGGAGAAGGAGGAAAUGCUGAUGUAGCUGAUGCAGGAAUUGAAAAUGCUAGCCCUUUACGGGACAGAAUCCGUAGUUUGGUUCAGUGGAAUGAAAGCUCAGAAAAUGAGGAAGAGGAGGAAGAUACAUUUGAACUGGAGAUGAAGCUGGAGAGAAAAAAGGCAGAAUUGCGAGCCCUGGAGGAAGGUGAAGGUAGUGUGAAUGGUUCUAGUCCACGCUCUGACUUAAGUCAGACUGCAUCACAGGAUGACAACAUAGUGGCUCCAGCAAAGAAGACAAAAUGGAAGUCCUCAGUCCACGGUGCUAGCCCAGAAUCAACCAGUCGAAGUUCAGACCGCACAGGGCGGGAAUCUCCUGAAAUUGGAGAAAUCGGGAAUGCCAAACUUGCUGUUGGACAGAAUGGAGAUGAUAUGGAUACUGAAGAGAUUAAAGAAAAAGCUAAACAGACAGUGAAACUAGAGGAGGAAGAUGAAAGUGAUUUAAAGGUGACUUUUAGUAGUGCUACUACUAGUCUGAGAAAAAAAUAUGUAAAAAAAAAAAACAACUGUUUCUAUUAUGUGUUUGUAAUUUGUAUAUUUGCAGUCUUCCACACGAGUAAAAACGAUAUCCCUGCAGACUGUCAUAUAAAUAAUAAUACGCUCAGUAACAAUUCAGUAGUGAGAGACUUGGGAACACAAGUUGAUUGUAGCCUAAACUUUAACCACCUUAUGUUUGCUGUGGUAAGGAAGGCAUUCUACACACGUAUCACAGACUGGCGAGAAGGGGCACUCAGUGGCAGUUACCUCAAAGGAAGACUAAAUGAAGCAGCUGAACAUCUUAAACAAUAUGAAAUUAAUGCCACCCCCAGGGGCUGGUCCUGCCACUGGGACAGGGAGCAUAGACGUUAUUUCUAUGUUAACGAAAAAACAGGAGAGUCCCAGUGGGAAUUUCCCGAUGUAGAAGAGGAGGAAGAGGAGGGAAAAGUCAGCGAGUCUAAAGCUGAAACUGUCCCAGAGGAGGAGGUAGAGAGACUCAAAGAAGUAACAGAUUCUAAAGUGGAACAAGAAGUUGACAUCAAGCCUGCAGGGUCUGAGGUUACAGAGAGUUGCACAGACCCAGUUACUGCUUCUCCUACAGUAACAGUGGCAAACUAUUGGGCUUUGCUUCAGCCCCCCUUACCUUUGGAAAUUCCCCCACCCCCGCCGCCUCCUCCAGAGUCCCCUCCUCCACCACCACCACCCCCUCCUCCACCAACUGAGGAGGCAGAAAUUGAAGAGGUAGAAAUGGAGGAAGAGAGCGAUGAGCCUCCUGCACCUGGAACUGAGGAUGAUGUCGUUUUAAAACCGCUUGCACCACCAGCAGCUUCAAGCAAAAAGGUGAAAGCUGAAGGAAACUUGUCUGCUGCUACCUCCACAACAAAAGCAGUCAAGAGAAAGGCAUCUGAAGCAGACCCUGAGCAGCAGUUAAGCAGUAUUGGAAGCAGUGCAGUUCUUUAUGGCCAGCCAUCAAUAACCCCAGUGCAGUUUUUACCAGGUCAUCAGCCUGCUAUGUCGGUGGCAGCAGCAGCAGCAGCCUAUUGGGCUUUAUCUGUUCCUUUAGCUCCCACAACUGUUGCAGAGACUACUGCUGUUCAAGCAAAUCCUCAGGCAUCCAAACCUUCAGCAAAGCAAGCAGCCAAGUCAUCGAAGGCAGCAGCCAAACAAAGCAAAGCAGCUGAUCCAGCAACAGAUUCAUCAGCUGAUACACCACCAGAUGCACCAGCGGCUCCACCAGCAUCAUCAAAAGGCCCCUCAGAGCUACCUCCAGCUUCACGACCUGCUGCCGAUCCACAACUCACCAAGGCACAUCAUAGUGAUAAAAACAAAAAAAUAAAGAAAGAGAAGCUUAAGAAGAAUAAAAUAAAGAUGCCUUCCUUAGUGCAAAAAUGGCAGAGCAUCCAACGGGAGUUGGAUGAGGAGAAAUCGAGCUCUAGUGAUGAGGACCGUGCUACACUAGCAAAGAAGCGUAUUGAAGAGUGGAAGUACCAGCAGUUAGUAAGCGGUAUGGCCGAGAAGAAUGCCAACUUUGAAGCAAUUCCUGCUGACUGGAGAGAGAGAUUAAAGAAAAGGAAGUUGACAUCAAGCACUUGAAAGUCAUUUUCACUGUUUUUAUAUAAUUGUGUAAAUUCAAAAUUUUGUAUCAAUAUAUCUGUUAAAUAUUGAGGGAUUGAAAACUGUAAAAAAAAGUAUUUAUUAUUUGAUUUAAUAUGGUAAUGAGUUUUCAUACCUCUUCCCAAGUUAUCACCAUCUAUUUGUAAUUUUUAAUUCAGAGGUGAGCACAGAAAUUCUGAUCUAUCAUUUGGAAAUGUUGAACUUUUUUUUCACUUUAUUGGGUAAAUUGCAUUUUCUUAAUGUUUUGUUUUGUGUUUUUUUUUUUUUUUGUUAUAAGUACAUGAUUAUUUUUGUAUUAAAAGGGAGAACUGUAUCGAACUGUCAGAAGUCUUGCUUUUUGUAGCCUGUGGUAGAAAAAAAUGUAGCAUUUGUUUUACCUGGGCUUUUUGUAGCCUGUGGUAGGAAGUGUAGCAUUUGUUUUACCAGGGCUUUUCAUGGUAACUGAUGUGCCAAAUUUCAGUAAGAAUUUGUUCCAUUCUAAUUGACCAGCAUACUAACAUUACACUUUUCAUGGUAUCCUUGGUACCAUUUUUUUUCUUGCGUUCUCAUUAUGAAGUUGAUUACAUUAUGCAGGCUGCCGGUUUUGUGUACAUCGUUUUUUGGAAUUGCUUUAAUAGUUUGUUUUUUUGGUGUUGACUGUUACAUAGUUAGUGGUACUGUUUUUUUUACUGUCAACGUGUUAGUUUAGAAACUGAAUGUCUACAUGGUUACUCAUUAAUUUUGAUUUAAAAGUGUUAUUUUAUUUUAUGGGGAAUUCUUUAAUAAAAUGUUAAUUUUGGCAUCUGCUUAAACCCCUUAAAGUUUGCAUGUAAGAGGUGGCCCCAACUUGACCUGGUGCAGUAGCUGGAGGGUUAUAGCACUGUCUGCAAACUUACUUGUGCUUUAUAUUUUUUCCCCUCCCCUUUUUCCUAGCCUAGUCUGACCUUCAGUUUUGUUAAUAAGCUCCAUCUGUAAUAGCCUUGCAUUUCCAGUUUCUGUAACAGCACUCACUGAAGUUGUAUACCUGUGCAGCUGAUUUCCAUUGUGGAGAAGAGCAAGCUCUGGCUAAAGCUGUGGAAACAGGACAGGAGUGUCUCCUUUUUUUUAAUCCUGUGUAAAUAGAGUUUGACUUGAACCCUCAUGCACUACAUCCAUGCAAUUCUGUAUGCUGCCAUAGAGUUAAGGCACUACUACUAGGCUAGCACAGGGCAAAUCUAAGCUGUAGACACUGUUGCUCAGUUCUCCGCUAGUAAACAGAAGUGCUGUAGCUAAUCUUCACAGCCUCAUCCUGAAAUGAGAGACCAGUGUGGAGGCCUUUUUCAUCCUUUCCUUGCAGCCUACUGUGUUGAUGGUCAGUCUGCUAUGCAAAUUACUGUCUUGUUUGGGGCUGUAUCAUCUGCAUAGGCAGCAUGCUUACAAACUAAUUAGCUAGCUGACAGCAGUCUUGUCUGUCCAUUCCAUAGAGAUUCUAACUGCUGGAUUGGCAAGUUUUUGCUUUGCUAUAGAAGCAUUCUGCCAUUUCUAUCCAGGAAUGGAGAGAGAACUUAGUAUUUGAAUGAGAAGAUAAGCAUGUGAAACUACUAAAUAUCAUGAGAGAUAUGAGUUAUUCCCAGGAACACAGCACUAUUUGAACAGCCUGAUGUUCUGGACAGCCUGCACUUCAGAUGUUUUUUUUUUUUGUUGUUUUUUGUUUUUUUUUUUUUUAUUUCAAGAUUGUAUUUUACAGUGUUCUUACAGACAUAACAGCUGUGUUUAUAGCAUUGGUGCUAGAUGUAUUUACCCACAUUCCAGUGCUUGCAAAAUUUUUGAGUGCUUACAUUUUUUAGGGGCCAUUCUGAAGUAAGGCAUAUAGGCAGUAUAGCGGGACCAUUUUAACAAAUUCUUUCCAUUAGCUUCUAAGAACAAUUCAGUGCUCUUCAUAUGGAAUAGAUCAUGGUUGCAGUAGUUCUUACUAACAGAGCUGUCAGCCUCAUGUAGGCCUGAUGCCCACGGUGACUUCUAGAGCUCAGUACCCUUCCCCCGCCAGGCCAUCUGAACCUCCCCCCUCUAGGGAAGUAUUGAUGUUACCUGUAUAAGCUUAUGUUUACCUGUGCGACUUUAGAGUUUUCUUGACAUGUUUCAUAGCUGAUGUACCUUGUUUGCAUUUUUUUUAGCGAGUGCAAUUUCAGCCUUUUCCAGAGAUUCUUCAGAUAUGGACCACAAUGGGGAAUUUUUUUUUGUUAUUGGUAUACCAGUUACUUAGUUCUUGCAGUUGUUUGAUUUUUUUAAUAGGUGGAUGCCACUUAUGUUUGGGGCAUUUCCUUCCCUAAUAAAGAAGGUAGGUGCCUCUGUGUAGAUAGUGCUCAGACAAAGAUUUCUGUAGUGUUUGAAUUUUCUAUUUGGGUCUGCAACAUGAUGCUGAGAUCUGAAGAAUCUGCCAGGGGUUUACUCCAGAAACCUUUAGGAGGAGAAAUUGCUUUCUGCAAAACCGUUAGUAUCAGAAAAUAAGUCAGGGCUUUGGCUUAUACUGCCAUUGUACUUUCCACCUCAUCCCUGACCAUGGGCAACCCCCUUAAGAAAAGAUAUGAUAAGCAAACUAAGUAGAAAGUAGUCAGGCAUUCAAUGCCGCAGCAGUAGUCAACAUAUCUGCUCAGCUCAAGCCUGCGUUUCCUGGUGAGCUUUUGCAGACUCUUCUUUGUGUUUCUCAGCUAGCUGAGGCUUCUGGCAAAUCUCAUUUUGAAGCUAUCAUUUACUUGCAGAUCUAGACAUGACCUCACCAAGCAAAGAAUCUUCUUUUGGAGUUAGGAUCUAGUGUCUCAUCUCAAAUGCAUGUGACGAAAACAUGUUUUGUUGUUUCUGAAGGUGAGGAUGUUUAGCACACCAUUUUUGUUGAGGAGGAUGUCCCAGGUUGUAAUGUGGAGUCCCAGGGGUUAAACACAGCACCCUCCCUGUGACCCAGUAACUCCAUUGGGUCUCACCCCCCUCCCUUAGGCUGUUCUCCUGAAAUGGAUAUCAUUGGUUGAAGGUUUCCUGCAUAUUUUUCAGAGGCUCCAGCCAUGUUCAGAUCACACUUCAGUGCCAGGAAUUCCCUUUUGUCAAUAGAAAAAUGGAAUGAUGACCCCCCCCCCCCAAUAGAGAGCAGGAAGAACUGGACUACGCUUCCAAAAAUUACUCCACCCGCCCCUUGGAGAUAUUGCCGACACUGACACCAUGUGCCUCACAGAGGAAGUAUCAUUUGGGGGAACUUUUUGUGGGAGUAAUGACCACUUUGAGGGGGGGGGGGCAAAGUUUCAGCCACUAAGAAAAGGUAGAUCUGAUAUUGUUAAUCCUCGUUCAUGCCUUAUGCCUGGAUUAUCGGUUCCGACCAAGCCAGCAAGGUCGGAACCGAUAACCCAGGCGUAAUGACUGAAGAUCAACAAUACAGUUGGAAAGUUAUGGUAAGACGCAACUUAUUUUUUGAUUUGCUUGUUGUGGGUACCCUUAAACUUGUCGCAGUUCCUCCUGUCUUGGUACCUCUAAAAGAUGCCUUUAUUUUUGACAUCUUCUAAGGAACAUGACAAUUGGCCCCCUGGCUUUAAGAAGCUAAAUGGUAUUUAUAGGGUCCUGGAAUCUCUCAGUUCCUUUAAAGAAACACUUUGUCAUAUUCAGCAGUUCCCAUUGAUCCAAAGAAAAGGGUUAGAACUACUGCCACUGUUCUUCUCAUUAAUAAAGAAAGCAUAGUGCUGGACCCACUUGGGAAGAAAGAUAGGUACUGCACUAGCAUCCAGAGCCAUUAACUGUCAGAGGCACCUGACCAUGUUUCUAAUUUCUUUCUGAGACUAGGUGAAGGAGAAGAUUUGGGAAGUAUUUUAUGAAGAUCGAUGGGUGAGAUUAUUGGGCAUCACCCAGAAUUGUGUGUGUGGCUGUGAUUGCAGCAUCUGUGGUGUGUGGCAGAUACUAGAUGUGUAAUUUGGAGGCACACCUGGCAGAGACUGCAAUAUUUGCCAGAAGAUGUGUGCGGCAUCUUAAUGCAGACCUGGAUCAGUACCUCCAUGAAUCCCCCCUUUAAUGGACAGUUUAAAAAUUAAAAUGUAGAGAAUAAUAUCCAGUCCAUGAAACAACUUUGUUACCCAUUAGUUUGUGCCUACAAUCUCAGGUGUGAAAAAUCAGAGUAGGCAAAGGGGAAGUAGUGCUAGCAUAAGGAAACAAAAUGUCAGUGAGGAAAUUCCGCACCUCUCCCAUCCACCACAGAUAUAGUAAGAAGGAUUACUCAGUGCAUAAGAAAUUAGGAAAACAUCCAAAAAAACAAGUAGGUGCAUGUUAUCCCUCUCAGAUGCACACGCUGCAGUUUCCUUAGGAAAAAAAGUAAGCCAUUCAGACCUGCACUGGUGGCACAGAAGGAUUAAGGCUAGACUGCAGCCCAGGCUGCCCAAGUUGGAUUAAUGGCUCGGGCAUUUAAUGGUGUAGGCAAGAAGAAUAGAUCCACUGGAGAACUGAGCUAUGUUAGGAUGCAGGUGUCCUUGCCUAUGCUAGUGAUGACCACUUUUGUCUGCACAUGUAGAGGAGCACACAAGCACAGACAAAAGGACAUAGAUGUCUUUGCUAUGAUGUAAGUGUUCAUGUCACCACCAGGAAAGGGUUAGGCUUAUCACGGUAAAAAAAAAAAAAAAAACGUUAGUCACGCUUGGCAGCCUCAAUUCUACUUGCAUGAGAGUGUACCCCCAACCCCCGAUAGCUCUCACUUUGGUGGAACUGAGGAUUUCUCACUAUUGGGGAAUGAAUGGUCAUCUAGCAGGGGGAGAGGCUUGAUGGUUAAGAAGCACAGAGAAAGGUAGUCCUUAAAGUGUUAGACAUUCUACCUAUAUUAAUGGGCUGAGUGCAUCAAGUUCCAGCACUCCUAUAGGAUGUCGCACAUCUACCAAAACAGGACCAAAUCGGGGGUGCUCUACUCAGACCUCUUCAGAGUACCCAGAAAAGAGAGUCUGUGGAUGUUCAUCUCAAUCGUAUAAGCCUAAAUAUUUCCCUCUGUGUAAAGAAUUCAGAAUGCUGACAUUGCAGGCUGUCUUUACCAUGCCUGUUCUGACAAGCCAUGAUCUGUUACUCUGAUCCUCAGGGAUAUCUACCAUCAUUUACCCAUUCACAGGGACAGUAGUUGUUUUCUCAGUUUUGAGUUGAGGGGGCCUCCAUUAUCAGCAUUACCUCUUAGCCUUUUGGAUUGGCUACAGCUGUAUUUAUAUGUUGGUUGGCUUCAGUUAUUGCUUAUUGCAGAAUCAGACAUUCACAUUUACUGGAUAACUUCCCUUUGCAGGCACUUUCUUGGAAGGAGGUGUAGAGGAGCUGCAGUUUACUAUUGACUACUGCCAAAAUCAGAUAUUUUCCUUCACCAUUUCCAAGGUAAAGCUUUUAACCCUUUCAAAAGGUGUUCCUUAGAUCCUUACUGGAUUCCAUCAACCAGACUGCCUACCUCCCUGUAAACUGCAGUUUGUGGCCCAAUAGUUUCAGCAGGUGACAGAGGAGUCCAUGGUUAGAGCUUGGGAAUUCCUAGAGCACUGUGAUUUGUGACCUCCAUAAUUCUGUUGUUCCCCCUCGAAAAAGAUGCACACAGUAAAGCUGCAGUGAUACCAAAGAAGCAUCUGGAGCCAACAACUUCAAUUCCUGAAAGAGAGAAUUCGUAUUUUACUUGGGAAAUGCAAAGGGCUAGAAUGGGGGUUCAACCCAAUUGGGCAGAGUAAAGGGGAACCUCACAAUCAGACUGCAGCCAUGGAUGUUUCAGACCUAGCUUGGGGGUUGCAAGCUCUGGAGGAUGAAAAGUGUAGAGAGUAGCAUGCAACUCAAAGGAAGUAUAUACAUAUAAAGAAGAUAAUGGUUGUGGUUCAGGUUCUCGGAGUCAUCUAGACAAUUUGAGAAAAAGAGGCUUUGCAGGUGACAGUAAACACUACUGCAGUGUAGCACGUAGCCAAGUAAUGGGGGGCGGGUCGACUCUUCUUUACCCGUUAUGUAGGAUGGUCAAGCCUGACUGGAUGAGAACUGUUUACUACCCGUCCCAAAUGAUGAUGGUGUCUGGUAUCAGCUGCAGAUCCACGCAUAUGGGUGCUACACAGGGACGUUUUUCAUAAGCUUGUUCACAGGUGGAGUGCAUCGGAGAUAGGCCUCCGUCUCUCUAAAUAAGAAAUAGCUCAAGGGAUUCUGCUGCAAAGCACUGCACAAAGAAGCUUUGGUAUUGCACUCCUUUUUCAACAGGACAGGUCUCUUUCUGUAUGCAUUCCCUGCAGUCUCUUUUUUUACAGGGUGGUCCAGAAGGUGAAGGAGAAGCGGCUAAGGAUGCAGUUAAGUACAGUUUUGUCUCAAGCACUGUCGAUGUGCAAUUCUCUUUCAGAUGCCCAGGGUGAGAUCUUGUGUUACUAUUGUAAAUAGACCUCCUUCCUCAGGACAGAGAUUGCUUGAUGCACUCCAUCUUGAAAGUACUGCAGUUCACUGACUGGAUGGUGUAACUCUUGUCCUUCAGGCAUCUGAGGAAAUGCUGACUAAUAUUCAAGGAGGCUAAAAAGCCUUCCACAAGAAAAUUCUCUGUAUCCAAGUGGGAGAAGGUUUUCCUUCUGAUGCCAAAAAAAAGACCAGGUCCUUGACACAGCACCAGUAUGCAUCAUUCUGCAAUACUCAUAUGAACUAUUAAUUUCAAGCCUAGCAUAUGUUUCUGUAUGAUACAUCUCUCAGCAUUUCAACCUGCUUACUGUGACUGGAUCUAUCUCUUUCCCCCUGAAGGAAGCAUCCUUGGCAUCCUGUUAAACUUUUCCUUAAAAGAAUCCCAGCUCAGAUCAUCCAGGAGGGCAGUUGCCCUUCUGCUGGACAUAAACAUCACCGGAAAAACUGAUGCAACCUCUUUUUGAGCCUACUGCAUCAUCCCCCACCCCCAUCCCCAGACACACAUACCGUCAAGUAUUCUGCCUAGAAAGCUGCCUUAUUAACUGGCCACCACUUCAUCAGUGAGCAUUUCAGAAGUACAGCCAUUGCGUGCGGAAAGCUGUCCUUUCCUUUUCAUAAGGGAGAUGGUCAGUCUUGGUUCCAGUCCUACAUUUAUAGCAGAAGUGUCUGCUUUCUCGGUCACUGAAGUUAUCCAGUUCUCUCUUUUUUUUUCUGUAAUCCUCAAAUUAAGGGAGAAACAAUUUGACAUUCUUUAUAAGUACACAGACAAUUGAGAUUACCUUGGCAAAAAACAAGAACAUCCAAAAUGUUUGGGUACUUUGCAUCAAAGGAGGAGGGAAAGCCAUUUCUAAGCAGAUUAUUUCUAAGUGGCUAUUCUGUUGCAUUAAGAUGUGUUACUCUUCUCAGGGGAAAAAUUUGCAAGAGGCCAUGAGAGCCCACAGCACUAAAGGUACUGCAGCUGCUGUGGCCUUUUUGAUGCAGGUCGGUGCAAUUUAUCCUUGUAUCAGCUACCCGAUCAUCCAAAGAAAUACAGACAAGAUGUUGCUUUCAGGGCAAGGGAUAGGUUUGCUGGUGUCACGUUACAUUUCUUUUUGUUUUGUUGCCCAAACCAGCUAACUUAUCUGCCUUCUUAUCCUUGUAAUAGCCUAAGAAUCAUCCCAGCAGUAAAGACUACUGUAGUAAUGAUCCAUGCAAAGAACUAACAGUUGUGUUUAAUAUCUUACCAUAGUUGAUUACUGCAGAAGUACUGGUUCUCUCCUAUCAUUCCCCUGAGUUGGUGUGAGGUAUCCUAUCUCUAACUACUCCUUCCCGCUCUCCUUCUCAGGGCCUCAUGCCUGCUUAGCUCUGGAUAGACAUGUGGAAGCUUUUUUCGUAAGCCCCUGGUCCAGAGAGUGUAGUUGAAGUUCCAUCUGAACUAGUAUCUUUAGAACCUUGCUUGGGAUUAGGUAAGGUGGAUAUCCUGUCUUCCAGGCAAAAAAGCUGUAAAAUGGUAUGGAUGCAUGGAUGGCUGCCAGGUUUUAUACAGAACGUGCCCUUUCUGUUUGAUCCAGAUGGGGGAAGGAUGCUUAGCUCUUUAAAUCUGAUAAAGUUGUAAGGCCUCCAUGCAGAUAAACUCCCCAGUAGUAAGGAGUACUGCAACAGUGAUCAACUCUUAACGUCUGCUGGUACUGUAAGUUUUUAUACAUUUGUACUUAUUGCAACUUGUAUUACCUUCCUUGUGAAGAAUCAAUAUAAUUGCUUGAAAUCCAGAUUUACAAUCGCAAGUGAUCAAAACUCAUUUGUCCUACAAGACAUCUGCAUAGAUCAAAAUAAGUGUUUAUGCAGGCAGCAGACCCGACACCUCCCUAACUUAUAAAUUCAAGUACCAUGAUUGCACAUCAGUGGGGGAUGGAGAAACUCCAUUGUGCAAUGCUCAGCAGUCUUCUACAAUCCAUGAUUCUGUAGUACUGUUGAAUCAAGAUUAACUCAUGAGUAACAGUGAGUUGAGUCACUUUUGUUCAGGUAAUUGGAACUAGAACCUGAUCAAAUGGUCAUCUACCACAUAUAGCAAAGUAUUGCGCAAAGGGCCUUCAUCUGCAUUGAUAUCCAUUGUCCCUAACUAGAUAUAGGAUUUGUAAUUGUUUAGAGCAUCUUCUCAGUGUUUUUCUUUUCUCUGUAACCUAGUUUUCAUUUAUCAAACUAGGUUAAAGCAAAUAGAUGGGGGGAAAAAAGAACUUUUAUGUGAACUGAUUCUUAUCAGCAAAGUUACUAUAUGAGCAUAUUAUAGGCAGAAGAAGGAGAAGCAUAUUUUAUUAGGAAUUAUAUCAUUAAAUCAAAAUGCCAUCCAUCUCCUACAUUGACACAGGCACCAUCAAAAAACUAUCUGAUAUUUCAUGUGGGUGUUGUGAAGUAAAGUGCUGUAAAGAAUGUUGUUUUGGUUAAGGGGAAACCCCUGCCCACCCACGUAUGUGGUGCACCCUAACAACGCUCUAUAUGCUAACUCUGAGGCUGCACAGCAGUAGUGGUAAAAGCAGUAUUUCUGAAAACCACAAUCGGUGAACUUGUUCAGCUACAGUCACACUAAAACCUCAUCCCAUCAUUUAUUUGAAGUCUAAAUGAAGUAACAGUGAUGGCAACAUAAACAUUCACAACACAACUGCUAUGUACUGCCUGCACUAUACUCUGCCCUGUAGGUCACUGUCUAGUAAAGAAGCAACUGUCUAAAUCCUUUAAGUGAAUGGAAAAGAUACACCAACAUUCACUUGUAUAUUAAACACAUGUACUCUUUGAUAAAUCACUUUCCAGUGAAAAGGAGCAUUGCAACAUCUUGAUGAAAGUUUCUUUAAUUUAAACUAUUCCACCUUUCAGUUCAUUGUAUAUGUGCAUUCUUCUUACAUUUGGAGUACAGCCCCUCCCCUUAAACUUUGCUCAGACACGUGACAUUAUUUAAAAUGUGUCCUUUUAUCAGUUUUCUAAAGAUCCUUUGCAUUAUAGGUCUUAAACUGUACAUGCCCUGACAGGUAUACCUCUUGAGGUGGUAGUGUCACAUUUGUGAUAGCUACAUUUGCAUAAUUAGUAUGUUUAUGCUAAGAGAUUUGAUAAGUUGAAGUACAAGGCAAAGAUGUUAAGAUAAUAACAAGUCUCAUUAUUUUGAAGAGACAAAGUUGUUGCAGACCGACAUCCAGAGAGGUGUUUUGUAAAGCACAGGCAGAAAAACAACAUUUAAGUUGUUGAAUAGAAGCAAGUUUUAAUAUGUUGUAAUGAAAGGGGACUAUAGUGAUCUCCACUUAGAAAUGGCCACUAACACCACAAGGCAAUGAAAUUUAGUUCUAAAGAUUUUUGUUUUCAGCUGAAAACCCCAGCUACUCAUAUUUGAGAGCUGUAGAAGUGGUCAGCUCAUAACUAGUGACAACUUGUCGUGCACACGUUAAGUGUACAACACAUUGAAGUUGAUAGUUUUUGUUCUGAAGAAUCUACAAAGGAUUACUAUAUCAGUGUGGGAAGCUUCAUUCCACACUACUCUCAAAUUUAACUGUUCAUUGUGUGAGGAUGCAUAUAUAUUAGGGAAAUUGAAUGAAUGUAAACAUGGUUCACUUGAAGCCCAUUUCCUCAUAUCUGUGCUUACCUCACUGUUGUAAUAUUCAGGGAGUUUUGGGGUGAGCCCUACAUGGAUGCAGGAAGUUUACCGUCUUCAUGAAAGUAUUAAAUCAAAUGGCGACAGUCCUGGUGUGUUGGUAUAAUAGUUAAGAUCGCCAACUCAUAAAUAAAAGGUACAGGGUUUGAUUCUGAUUUUGGUUUAUUGGAUGUGCUUAAAUUGACCCUUCAGGGCAGUUAGCCUAGUAUUCAUGUAUGAACUUAUUGUUACAGACUUGUUUCCAUGUGUUGCAUCUAAGCAUUUAAUCUGACAUCUUUUAAUUGUUUGUUUUACUGAUUUUUUACUUUUUGUCUGCUUUCAUACAUUGUAUCCCUUGCUUAUUACGAGUUGGCUAACUUCAGGAUACCUACAAAGUUGCUUUAUGGCCAAGAUACUAAUUUACUUAGGCAGGAUUUCUGUUCUUGUCCAUUCCAGCUUUAUGCAAGUUAGCAAGUCUGAUGGCCUUAAAUCUUUGGUAGGCAGUUGGUUGAUAGUGGCAUUGCUAUAAAUAGUUGUAUGAAAAGUAUUGCAAACUUCUGAAGACAGAAAGUUAAACUUUUUCUAAGACAGUACUGAAGGGUACAGUUCUUUCAUGUGGGUAAAAAUAUAUUUGUUGGAGGAAAUUGGUUGAGAAAGUUAAUUGUUUCUUUGAGUUUGCAUUUUCCAUCAGUGAUGUUCACAUACAAGCAUUUUCCCAAUUUACUGUUAUAUUUAAAAAAAAAUUUGUGAGGAAAUGCAGACUAGCUAGCUUCUGUGCACUUGCAUGAUUUGUGAGUUAAGCAGUAAGAUGUGAUAGUGUUGUAUUGCAGUCAAUUAUUGGAAUACUUGAGAGUGUGAAGACUGAAAAAAACAAUGUCUUUUAUCACCUGUGCCAUUUUCCUAUAAAUGUUCCUACACUAGAAUGCCUUACUUUAGGACAUCGUCCCAAGUUUAAGAAAGUGAGCUGCUUUAACCAGUGUUAUUGUGCUGCUGUAUGUUGAUAGUACUGGUACAGCUGAGUUUCAUUACUAGCUUAGCAUUUGACCUGUUCGUGUUGUGGUGAAAAUUUUGCAGAAAAAAAAAGAAAAUCUGUUUUUGGAACAGAUUCUGUAGAAGCAAGAAGCUUGCCAGUUGAAUACAGUUCUCCAUCACAAAACCACUUUGGGAUAACUUUUUUUACCUACCCCCAUAGUGAUGGCCUUUGCGGUGUCCCCAUUCUUACCUGUUUGUGGCAGAGCAAGUCUCUGUGUUUUUGUGUUCAUAACGAAGUGGCCAGUAGAAGCUUGCCUUAAAGAACACAUUGCAAAUUUUUUGAACUGUUAUUUUUCCAAGAUUUUUUUAUACACUGUUUCCCAUUUUGAAUUGUUCGAUUUAAAAAGUGUUACGAAACAGGCCAGUUUUAAGGCCUUUUCUGUAUAUUUGUACAUAAAUAAAGUUUUUUUUUUCGUAA